CCCCAUAGGGAAGCCGACGGUAUAUAUAGGAAUGAACAGUGAUAAUAAUGACAGCUGGGCCGAUAAGGAAGGAUUGAAACUGCUCAUUAAAAAUGGAUUUAAAUUGAAAGUUUGGACUCAAUUAAACAUUCAAACGUGUCAAGACAUAAGAGAAGGGAAGAGAGAGUUGAGGAGAUUAAGAAAUGAAGUAGAGAGAGAGCAAGAACUAGAAGAACAGCAUUAUUGUAAUAUUUUAUAAUUAAUUAGUCGACCAUUACAUAAUUACAUAUCUUUUUUGAUGAAGGUCAAACCACACCCACAAUAUCUAUAAUCAUAUUCAUUACCAGUCCAUAAAAGGUCACACCAUUAUGAUGUUAUAUUAUGUAAUAGAGACAGUAAGUAUAGGGAGUGUGAGCUGACAGCUGGAAAAUGAUGAAAAUAUUAAACACAAUAAUAAUAUGUGCUUGCUUAUUGACUGAUGCUACUUCUGAAAAAAGUUAUUAUACUGUGGAGGAAGCAGCUGCUAAAGCAUUCAAAGAGAAAAUAAGUUUAUUAAGAACCAACGAAGGAAAAAUAUACACAACAUAUAAAGAUGCCAUUCAUCCUGAGAUUAUGUUCGUAAGUGAUAACAAAGACCCAACACUGAUCACUGAACUAUGGAUCACCUCCACUCCGUCCCACAUGAGUACCAAGGCCCUUAUCAACCACUUCAGGUCUCUACCAGUUAAACCCGACCUCCAUAUUGGUCGCAUAGCAACCAGUGCUUUCAGUAUGAUGGCUCAGCACAGGGCACUGAUGGAGCUAAUUGAAAACGGGUUUAAUGUUACCAGCUGGAGUGAACUACAGGUGCUGUAUGCUAACAAUAUACAGAACAAUAAUAAUGAGAAGACUAAGAAUAGAGAGGAUUUAUAAUCAUUCAUAUUAUAGUUAUUAAUAGUUAUUGUGUUUUAUUAAUGAAUAAUCAUAA